AUGGCCGUCCCCAAACAACGGUCCUGGCUAGCAGCACAAUUCACGGCUCGAAAAGUCACCUUCUACACUCUCUUCCACGGCCUGCACAUUCUCAUCUUCAUCAUCGGAUGGUACGUCCAGGCCAAGAACGAGAAACUCGCCGCGCUCAACGGUCUCGAAUUCUCCGUCUGGUUCUCGCGAGGAGCAGGACUAUGCCUCUCCGUCGACACGAUGAUCAUCCUGCUGCCCAUGUGCCGCAACAUCCUCAAAGUAAUCCGACCGAAAAUCCGAUGGUUGCCGCUCGACGAGAGUCAAUGGUUCCAUCGACAAGUGGCGUAUAGCAUGUUGAUCUGGACGACGGUGCACGUCGCCGCGCAUUAUGUCAAUUUCUUCAAUGUCGAGCGGAGCCAGGUGCGAAAAGAGGCGGCCGUUCAGAUCCACUAUACACAGGCGGGAGGGAUCACGGGGCACGUCAUGUUGCUCUGCAUGUUGUUGAUGUACACGACGGCGCAUCACAAGAUUCGGCAGCAGAGCUACGAGACGUUUUGGUAUACGCAUCAUCUGUUCGUGCCAUUCUUCUUGGCGAUGUACACGCAUGCGACGGGAUGCUUUGUCAGAGACUCGGUGAAGCCGUAUAGUCCCUUCGCGGGCAGAGGCUUCUGGGAUCAUUGUAUUGGAUAUGAAGGCUGGCGAUGGGAACUGGUUGGCGGAGGCUUGUAUCUGCUCGAAAGGCUGUAUCGCGAGGUCCGGGCAAGGCGGCAGACGGAGAUCAUCAAGGUCGUCAGACAUCCGUAUGGUAAGUUGUUGGUCGCAAGUGUGGGCCGGACAAGGCACCGACUGACUGGUGACAGACGCCGUGGAGAUUCAAUUCCGCAAACCCAGCAUGCGCUACAAAGCCGGUCAGUGGCUCUUCAUCAACGUCCCCAACGUCAGCCGAAACCAAUGGCACCCUUUCACAAUCACCUCCUGCCCAUUCGACCCGUACAUCAGCGUCCACGUUCGACAAGUAGGCGACUUCACCCGAUCUCUCGCGAACGCCCUUGGAGCCGGUCCAGAGCAGCAAAAGCUCUACGACGAGCUAGACCCGAUGGGGAUGUACGAGGUCGCCCUCCAAAACGGCCAGGAAAUGCCAAAGCUGCGCAUAGAUGGGCCCUACGGAGCUCCAGCCGAGGAUGUCUUCGACAAUGAGAUUGCAAUCCUGAUCGGGACGGGAAUCGGCGUGACGCCGUGGGCGUCUAUCCUCAAGAAUAUCUGGCACAUGCGUCUUUCGCCAAACCCGCCCAAGAGAUUAAAGCGUGUCGAAUUCAUCUGGGUGUGCAAGGACACAACUUCGUUCGAGUGGUUCCAGGCACUGCUCUUCAGCUUAGAGGAGCAGAGUAUGGCCAUGACCGGUGCUGGAGACCAUCAUGAAUUCUUGCGCAUUCACACCUAUCUCACGCAAAAGAUGGAUGCGGAUACCGCGCAGAAUAUCGUUCUCAACUCCGUGGGAGCGGACAAGGAUCCAUUGACGGAGUUGUCGAGCAGAACAAACUUCGGUCGACCAGAUUUCCCGCGUCUUCUCGUUGGGAUGCGAGAAGGUAUUCUGAACCAGACAUACAUCGCCGGCUUAGAUCGAGGCGGAAGAACAGACGUCGGAGUAUACGUCUGCGGUCCCAGUGUGGCGGCUCGAGAUAUCAGAAAGGCCUGCAAAGAGGCCACUGUGAAGAAUGUCAACUUCCGGUUUUGGAAGGAACAUUUCUAA